ACUUCCUGGUUUGAAGAGGCAGUGGUUGGAGGAACUGCGUGGCUGAAAGAAGAAACUGACACGUGGAUCAUCAUCAACACUUCAGGAAUCAGGAGAAAGCUGAAUUUCCUCCCGCUGCGUAACAGCAGCUGUGAAAGCCGAAAGUCCACUCGUUUUGCCAGUCGCCGGAGCGCAAUGGAUGCGGCAGAGGUCUUAUAAAGAGAUGCUUCCGCGAGGAAACUGGAAUAGAAACAUCUUUUUUUCAUUGCUUUGGUUUUUUGCCUGUAACGCUCGCACAGACUGACCCGAGAGGAUACCAGAGCGGAUAGUCACAAACGGAUAUAUUUGGCGUUGAAUGGCAAUUCUACAAAAACAUGGAAAGAACUCUUGUCCAGAUUUGGCCAGUAUUAAGGAGAACCCCGCAGAUAAUAUCGGACAAGCUGGAUCCCAGAAGAAGUGGGCAGAGUCCAGUCAGAACUGGACAAGGCCAGUGGCGAGGGUAUGGACGGUGGUGUUGUUGCUGGGGACGUGCCUGCUGUACUGUGCCCGUGUGGCCAUGCCUAUCUGUGCAGUGAGCAUGGCAGAGCGCUUCAGCUGGUCCAAGAGAGAGACAGGCAUGGUGCUGGGCAGCUUCUUCUGGGGCUACUGCUUUACUCAGGUGCUUGGAGGCUAUGUCAGUGACAGAGUGGGAGGAGAGAAAGUGUUGAUGUUGUCAGCGGCAGCAUGGGGAGCAAUGACCGCCUUCACGCCAAUCCUAGCCCAUUUCUGCUCCCAGCCCAUCGUCUCCAUGACCAUCUCCCGCUUCCUCAUGGGCCUGCUGCAGGGUGUUCACUACCCAUCACUGGCCAGUCUGUGCUCUCAGAAGGUUGUGGAGAGUGAGAGGGGCUUCCUCAUGAGCACAGUAGGAAGCGGCUCAUACCUGGGGACUCUGGUGAUAGGAGGCAUAGGCUCUCUGAUGCUGGACUUGUAUGGCUGGGAGAGUGUGUUCUACAUCUCUGGGCUUCUUUCUGUGUUGUGGGCGUACUGCAUGUGGAAGUAUCUGCUCAAAGGAGAAGGUACCAUCAUCACACUGGAGUCUCUGGGCAGCGCUGGGAUCCAGUCCAAACUGUCCAAGAGAAACUGGCUGCGUCUCUUCAGACAGCCAGCUGUGUGCGCCGUCAUUAUUACACACUUGUGCACCGCUAGCACCUUCUUCACAUUGCUGUCAUGGCUGCCAACGUUUUUCAAGGACACCUUCCCUGAUGCCAAGGGUUGGGUGUUUAACGUGAUCCCAUGGUUUGUGGCCAUCCCUUCUUCCCUGUUUAGUGGCUGCCUUUCAGACCAUCUAAUCAGUCAGGGUUUUGAUACUGCAUCAGUGAGAAAACUUAUGCAGUUCUUCUCUAUGGGCGUCUCCAGUGUGUUUACUCUGUUUCUGUGUGGGACCACUACCUUCCCCACAGCUGUGGCUUUCGUGUCCGCAACUAUGGGCCUCACUACAUUCAGCCACAGUGGGGUUUCAGUGAAUGUUCAGGAUCUCGCUCCAUCCUGUGCAGGGGCUCUGUUUGGAGUGAUGAAUACCUGUGGAGCAUUUACAGGGGUCAUCAUGGUGUAUUUCUCGGGGUAUCUGAUCGAGGCCACUGGUUCCUGGGCAUCCGUUUUUGGCCUCAUCACAGUACUGAACCUGCUGGGUUUAGGAACAUUUUUAAGCUUCGCAGAAGCUCGCCGAGUAGACAUCGAUCUAGCGAAGGGCCGUUACCACAACAUCCACAUCUGAGAGCACAGGACCGGAGCAGAGCAGCAGAAAUGACAGGCUCUGACAGAAACCUUUCUGAAGAGGGACGUCCCAAACACUCGGUGG